AUGUCGUCCACCCCGCCUUCCGGUACCAGCUCGCGCCAGAGCACCCGCUCUAGCCGCACCCCGCACGAGGACAAGCUCGUCCUCCCCUUGCACGACGACCUCAAGGACUCGGACCCACAUCUCGAGCUCGUCGACACGCACUGCCACAUCCACUCGACGUUCCAGACCUACAAGGACAAGUACCCGGACGGCAAGCUCGCAGAUAUCCGCACCUUCGUCUCGGCGCUCCUCCAGGCCGACGGCUCGAACAAGCUCGCGGCCUGCGUCGACGUGUACUGCGAGGGCAGCGACAUGGACCACUGGGCGUCGACUUUGGCCGCCCUGUCCGACUUUCCCGACCUCGACUACCGCUUUGUCGCCGGCGCGCACCCGCACGAGGCUAAGAACUACUCAGACGAGCUCGAGCGCAAGUUCCUCGAGGCGCACAAGCAUCCUCGAUGCGUCGGGUGGGGCGAGAUCGGGCUCGACUACCACUACGACAACUCGCCUCGAGACGUCCAACAGGAGGUGCUCAGGCGGCAGCUGCGCACGGCGCUCGCGUCGGACAAGAACAAGGCGAUCACGAUCCACACGCGCGAGGCCGACGACGACAUCGUCGUGCGCAACCUCGGCGCGACGUGCAGCCCAUCCGACCCGUCGGGCCUGCGCAUCCUGUUCGAGACGGACGCGCCGUACAUGCCGCCGGCCAACAUGGCCAACAAACAGCUCGGCAUGACGAGCAAGCAGCGGUUCCCGUUCGCGCACGGCGGCGUCCUGCCCUGGACGGCCGAGUUUGUCGUCAAGGUGCUCAACGAGGGCAAGGGCGACGACGACGACAAGUGGACGACGGUCGGCGUGCUCAAGCAGGCGAGGGAGAACGCGCGGCGGUGUUACGGCGUGUAGCGCUCGACGCAGAGCAGCAGUGCAACGGCGCGAGUGCGACGUCUGUUCGUG